UGAGAUAUAAUUAUAAUUAAUAGGUAAGGUUUUAUUUAAUACAAUUAAUUAAUACCAUACUUCUUAUAUAUACUACACAUACUGAUAUUAUAAUAAUAAAGCCACGUGUUAGUUAUACGUGUUAGUGCUGUGAAAUUACAAAAAGGUUUAAGAAAUAAACUAAUAAUGAAACGUAUAGUUAGCGUAUAUAAUGGACACAAGUCUAGUAUUAUAAAUCGUAAUGCCAUUGCUGAAGGCAAGAAUUUUAAAAAGAAAAUUAUUAAUAUCAAAAAAUGUGAGCCACUUCUAACCUUAUCGAAAAAUAGUAUUACAUCUAAUGGAAAGCUUGAAAACAAUGCGAAUAAAAAAGAAUGUGAAGGUUUAUCUGAAAUACCCAAGGAUUUUGAAAAGAGUUUUUAUCCAAUAAAUACUAUGAAAAAUAAUCACGAAAAAGUUUUAAUAAAACAUAAAAAUACACAAAUAUUAGGAAAUGAAAAUAAACAUGAGGAAAUUUAUCAUGAAAAAAUCAGUGAAAGUAAUCUAAGAAUUAAUGAAAUUAAUGUGCAAAUGCUUCCAAAAUCAUUACAUCAACAAAUAUUUAAAAAUUCUUCUGAACAAGAAAAAAUAUCAGAGACAGAAAUACAAUCUAUAAAAAAUAAUUUACGUUCAUAUGGGAUAAAUACUACCGAUGCGAGUAGAUUACCUGAUGUUGAUAUUAAAAUACCUCCUUUGGAAGGUGAUAAUAUUGAAGAACAUUUUUAUAACAUUGGAAAGGCACAGAGUAAACCUUAUACAAAACUUAUAAAAAGUAUUAUGACAGAUAUACCACAAAUGCCAAAACAAUGGUUAUUGAAAGAAGGUUGGACAAGAUAUAGUGUUGAUGGAAUACAAAGUGUAGAUUAUCCGCUAGAAGAAGCUAUUAUUUUUGAUGUGGAAGUUUGUUUAAAAGAAGGCCCUUUACCAAUAAUUGCAACUGCAGUAACUAAUCGAGCAUGGUACGGUUGGGUAUCAAAAUCUUUGAUUAAUGGUUUAAGUAGAAAUUUUGAAGGCAAGCAGUUUAGUAUAGAUGAAUUAAUACCAAUGGAAAGUACAGCUAUUGAAAAUGGUGAAAAAUUGACUUCUUUUCAUAAAAAGCCAAAGAUUAUAGUUGGUCAUAAUGUGUCAUAUGACAGAAGUAAAAUUAAAGAACAGUAUUGGUUGAAACAUACAGGAUUAAGAUUUCUUGAUACAAUGUCACUUCAUAUAUGUAUUGGUGGAAUUAACAGCUAUCAAACAGGAAUUUUAAACUCUACAAAAGAUACAGAUGAAAAACUAAAUUUACAAAUGCGAACUUCAUUGAGUAGUUUAGCAGAAAUUCAUAAAUUUUAUUGUGGUUCUGAAAUAAAUAAAGAGUUGAGAGAUGUAUUUAUAAAUGGAACUUUGGCAAAUAUCAAAGAAGACUUCAACUCUUUGAUGACUUAUUGUGCAAAUGAUGUAAUUGCAACUCAUAAUGUUUUAUGCCAUUUAUUUCCUAUAUUUGAAGAAAGAUUUCCUCAUCCUGUUACUUUAGCAGGGAUGUUAGAGAUUGGUACAGCAUAUCUGCCAAUAAAUUCUAAUUGGCAAAGAUAUUUAGACGAAUCAGAGACUACAUUUGAAGAUUUAAAUUAUGAAACUAAAGUUAUUCUUGCUAAUAGAGCUAAUGCUGUUUGCGAGCUUAUGCAUAAUGAAAAAUAUAAAGAAGAUCUAUGGAUGUGGGAUGAAGAUUGGAGUACACAAACACUUAAAGUAAAAGCAUGUUAUUCAAAAGCAAAUAUGAAGAAAGUAUGUAAAGUACAAAGUAGAAAGUACAAGGUAGAAAAGAAGGAAAAAUUAGAAACUCAAUGCUAUUUAACGGACGAUGAAGAUGAAGAAGAUCCUUUAGAGAAAGAAUUUGCUUAUUUAACAGAGACAAGGAAGUUUUUACCUUUGAAAUUACCACAUAUGCCAGGAUAUCCUGCUUGGUACAGAAAACUUUGUCCUAAAAUAAAUGACGAAAACUGGGCUCCUGGGCCUCAAAAUAUAAGUAUUUCUAAACGUAUUGUCCCAAAACUUUUAAAUUUGACAUGGGAAUAUUAUCCUUUGUAUCAUGUGAAAGAUAAAGGUUGGGGUAUUUUAGUACCUUACACUAAAAAUUUAGAUAUUGAAACUAAAGUACCUUUAAAAGAACUUUUAGCACAUUGUUCUUUUUUAAAGAUGGAAAAUUCAUUUGACGAAACAAAUUAUACGUUAUCAACUAUCGACAAAGAAGUGCAAAAUGAGUUACAUAAAACUGAAUUCUGGCGUAACAAAAAGAAAAAUCCUAUUCCUGAGUUAGCUAAUAUUUACUGCGGCAGUGCACAAUGGUGCAAUGUGGUUAUAGAUAAUUGUUGUUACUUCCUUAAAUUGCCUCACAAUGAUGGGAAAGGCAGCAAUGUCGGUAAUCCUUUGAGCAAAGAUUUUUUGAACAAGUUUUCAGAAAAUGUAUUGGCUAGUUCAGAUGCCAGUGCUGCCGAAAUUUUGAAAAUUGCAAGGAUGCUUUCAUACUGGAGGAACAACAGGGACAGAAUUAUGUCACAGUUUGCGGUAUGGUUUGAAAACUCGCAUUCACCACGAGGCGUUAAAAGUUCAAGAAAGUCGAUGCGUUAUGGAGCAAUUUUACCUCUGGUAAUUGUUUGCGGGACGUUGACUAGACGAGCAGUAGAACCUACAUGGAUGACUGCAUCUAACGUUCAUUCUGAACGUAUUGGUUCUGAGUUACGAGCAAUGAUUCAAGCGCCUCCAGGAUAUAAUAUUGUCGGCGCCGACGUUGACAGUCAGGAACUGUGGAUCUCAUCGAUAAUAGGAGACGCUUAUUAUAAAAAAAUUCAUGGAGCUACGCCCUUUGGUUGGAUGACAUUAAUUGGCACGAAAUCUAAUGAGACUGACAUGCAUAGCGUUACUGCCAAGGCAGUUGGGAUUUCCAGGAGCGAAGCGAAAGUUAUUAAUUACGCUAGGAUUUAUGGCGCUGGUCAAAAGUUUGCAGAGACACUCUUGAAACAAUUCAAUCCGUCAAUGACAGAUAGACAAGUUGCAUCCAAGUCUCAAAAAAUGUUUGCCAUGACGAAAGGCAAAAGGGUUUUUAGAUUGAAACCUGAAUACGUCGAUCAACUUCGCGACAAAGAUUACUUAUCACACGAGACGUACAAAAUAUCGAAAUUAUACAAUAAACCAUUAUCGGAGAUAUUUGAGAAAGGUAAAUGGACCGGUGGCUCAGAGUCCGCAAUGUUCAAUAGCUUGGAAGAAAUCGCGCAAAAGCCUAGUCCUGUUACACCUUUCUUGAAGUCCAGGCUGACCGCAGCUUUAGAAAACCCGACAAACGAUGAGAAAUAUUUGCCCACGAAGGUAAAUUGGGUAGUUCAAAGUGGAGCGGUCGAUUUCUUACAUUUGAUGCUGGUCUCGAUGAAGUGGCUCAUGAAAGAUAAUAUGAGAUUUUGUUUGUCGUUUCACGAUGAAAUACGGUAUCUGAUUCCCGCACGAUACAAGUACAAUGCGGCACUUGCCAUGCACAUUACGAAUCUCUUAACUCGUUCUUUUUGUGCUUCGAAACUUGGAAUGAAAGACCUGCCGAUGUCGGUAGCGUUCUUCUCCUCCGUAGAAGUGGAUACUGUUCUACGCAAAGAAUCCGACAAUGAUUGUAUCACGCCGUCGAAUCCUCACGGUUUAAUAAAUGGUUACGAAGUUCUUCCAGGAGAAAGCUUGGACGUAUGGUCCGCCGUAGAGAAAUCCAAAGGUUCUUUGGGACCUUGGCACGACGUAAAGAAACAGUGAACAGUGAACAGUUGUUUCUUUGUGGACUUGAACUAAAUACGAACUGAAAGAGAUAAGACCACAGGCCAUUGUUAAAAUUAAAAUGUCCAAAGCAACGAAACGCAAGCACGUUGUCAAGGAAAUUCAAGAUUUGACCAUUCCUACUGAAACGCAGUUGAUCGUUCGAAUAAUACAAUCGCGCGGUAAUAAUCUUCACGAAGUUAUCGAUCCCACGGGAUCUCAAUAUCUUGUGUCCAUGCCGGUGAAGUUUAGAAGAAAUAUCUGGAUAAAACGGGGCGAUUUUGUCUUGGUAGAACCAAUAUUAGAAGGGGACAAAGUGAAGGCUGAAAUCGUCAAGAUAUUAACACGGGAACACAAAAAAUGGUACCGGGAACAAAACUGCUGGCCCACAGAAUUCGAUGAAGCCCCGAAUUCGAAUAAAGAAACAACCGGUGAAGAAAAUGAUAGCAAAGAAGACGAUCUUUUUAAAAAUACAAAUAGAUUAUUACAUAAUAGUAAUAGGAUAGAUACGACUAGCGAUACGAGUUCCGACGAAUCAGAUUCUUGUUAAUAUUUGUAUCACUGCAAAUAUUAUUUUAUUUGUAUUUAUUUACACCAAUAAAUUUAUUUAAUAACGUAA